AUCGUCUCUAAUUGGAUCUGCCUGCUACUUUUCUCUCUCUUCCCUGCAAUUUUAGAGUGUGAAAAAAUAAUAAUUAUUAUUAUUAUUAUUAUUUAUUAAAAGAAACAGAGCCUCACCUGUCCUGUUUUGAAGGUGAUUGAAGCAUCACCCAAAAAACCCCAAAUUUAGAAAUGGUUAUGUGGGUAUUUGGGUAUGGUUCUCUAAUCUGGAAAGCAGGUUUUAACUAUGAUGAUCGUCUCGUCGGUUUCAUCAAUGGCUAUCGUCGUGUCUUUUACCAAGGUAGUACUGACCACAGAGGGACUUCAGAGUACCCAGGAAGAACAGUUACACUGGAGCCUGCAGAGGGGGAGGUUUGUUGGGGAGUUGCCUACAAGAUUUCUGGGAAGGAAGAUGAGCAGACUGCAUUAACGUAUCUAGAGGUGAGGGAGAAGCAAUACGACAAGAAGGCAUACGUUGACUUCUAUACUGAGCCAAAAGCUUCAACACCAGCAGUUUCUGGAGUAAUGGUAUACAUAGCAUCUUCAGACAAGAAGCUGAACAGGAAUUACUUGGGUCCUGCAUCGGAUGAAGAGAUCGCCAAACAAAUAGUUCGCGCGCAAGGCCCUUCAGGACCCAACAGAGACUACCUUUUCCAACUUGAAAAGGCCCUUCUUCAAAUUGGAUGUGAGGACAGGCAUGUGAUGGAUCUUGCAAAGGAAGUGAGGCGCAUCAUUUCAGAGAGCGAGUUAUGAACAAUUAGCAAGAACUCCUUAGACAUUCAUUCAAUCAAUUCUUCAGAAGCUACGUUUUAAAACAGAUUUUGAACUCGUUGAAGAAACAUUGUUUUAGAUCAGACUUGCAAUUAUUGGUGUCAAUUAUGAAGCCUCUUUCCCAUUCAAGUGAAUCUCAAGAAUGGGACUUGAAGCUUUUCCAAUAGUUUAAGUUGCAACUUUGAAAUGGAAAUAAACACCAUCAUUUAUUUAGAUAGAGGCAUGUCGAUUUGUAUGUCACAUUUUCUUCAAUUUAUUUAAGUGAAGAUCCUCGGUAUAGUA